GGAGGGAGGGUGGACCGUGGGGAGGACGGCACUCGGAGGAGGGGUGCCGCUCGUUGAACGUCGGUGUCAGCCUCAACAGUUUGCUAUCACCCGUACCUGCAGGCCUGAUGUAGCAGGUUGUCGUCUCCUCUGCAAUGAAGGAAAUCCACCCCAGCAUCAUGAUUAUGGACUGAAGAGUGAGUCACGCCAAGGCUGACUGUUGGGCUGAUGAACAGCAUGGCUACUUGUUCCUGAAUCAAAGAUGCAUGCUCCCUCUUUGGAUUCAUCCUUCUGACCGCCACUCAGCCGAUCAAACCCUCCAUCAGAAAGUCCCAUCUCCACUUCUACUGUUCUCUACUGUUUUCUAGUCUACCUACCUUCAGUCAUUGUCCUGGUCUGACCCUCUGCAUGUCUGACAGAUAGAGAGGGAUGUUUUAGCAGAGUGUUUAAUAGGACAGUCUCCCUGCUAUUCAGGAGAGGUCAGCAGGGCCAUAUGCAGCAGGGGGAUGACAGUCAAAGGGAGCCAGAGGGGGUGGGCCCCAGUUCAGGUCCUACAGCUAGAAGAGAGGCAGUGGGGUCCCAAGGCCAAGGGUUGAAGAGGGCCUCAUCCCAGUCAGAGCACACCUCCUUCAGUAAGAUGAGCCAAAACGCCAGGGAGAGCAUGGGGGUUCUUGGCCAGGGACUGAAACAGCUGUUCCAGCAGCAGCGUAAACGCCUCUCCCUCUCUCGCUCCACCACCCCCUCCUCGUCUUCCUCCUCAUCUUCAUCUGUAGUGUCAGCAGGUGGCAUCCCCCCCUCUGCCCCUGAGGACGCCUCUGGGUCCUGCUGUCCUGAAUCUGACCACCUCUCUGCCCCUGUGGUUCCCUCUGCAGCUGGCCAGGGCUCAGCCGCUGCAGGCACUAUGAGGCGUGGGACCAGCCUGCAGAGCCGGCGGAGUAAGGGACCCGGGUCGGGAUCUGGGAGUGGAGACCGCGACCCCCUACUGAGAGGCAGCCCCCAGGCCCCGCACCGCCGCAACACCCACGAUCCACAGCAGCACACCAGCCGUCCACGCUCCUCUUCCACCACUGAAACAACACCCAGCAGCCCCACCCCUGGAUACACGAGCGGCGAUGUGGUGCUGUCAUCAGGAUACCAGUCCACGGAGGAGACGGACAGAAUCGACCGGCUGGAGGUGAGCGGGCUGGGCCAAACACCCCUGGCUGUUUCAUGUGGAGCAGACGGUUCAUUCCCAGGAGGUGAGGAUGGCACCCCAGACCCUCAGCGCACUAAGCAGGCAAUCGCCCAGCUGCAGCAGAAAAUCCUCAAGCUCACAGAGCAGAUUAAGAUCGAGCAGACAGCCAGGGAUGACAACGUUGCUGAGUACCUGAAACUGGCUAACAAUGCUGACAAACAGCAAAGCACACGCAUCAAACAGGUGUUUGAGAAGAAGAACCAGAAGUCAGCGCAGACCAUCCAACAGCUGCAAAGGAAACUGGAACACUACCACCGGAAGCUGCGGGAAGUGGAGCACAAUGGUAUCCCACGCCAGCCCAAGGAUGUUCUGCGGGACAUGCAGCAGGGCCUUAAGGACGUCGGUGCCAAGGUCACUGGCUUCAGUGAAGGUGUGGUGGACAGCGUGAAGGGAGGCCUCUCCAGCUUCUCCCAGGCCACUCACUCUGCUGCCGGGGCUGUCGUCUCCAAACCCCGGGAGAUUGCCUCGCUCUUUCGCAACAAAUUUGGCAGCGCUGACAACAUCCCCUCACUCAAAGACUCUCUGGACGACCCCUCGGUGGAAGAAUGCGUGACAGGGGCUGGUGGCCGUUCACUGGGCCAUGCUGGGCAUCACCUCCAGCCCAGUCCCAAGUAUGGUAGUGAGGACGACUGCUCUAGCGCUACAUCAGGCUCAGCAGGGGCCAACAGCACCACGGGGGCCCCUGGAGGUCCCCCCAGUUCUAAGGGCAACACACUGGAGAGGAGCCAGAGCUCCAGCCUGGACAUGCUUCUGCAGGAGGUGCAGGAGCUGAGGGAGGGCCAGGCAAGGCUCGAAGAGAGCCUUGAUGGCUUGAAGAGCCACUAUCAGAGAGACUACACAGUCGUUAUGCAAGCACUGCAGGAGGAGCGCUUCAGGUGUGAACGUCUGGAGGAACAGCUGAACGACCUGACAGAACUUCACCAGAAUGAGAUCCUCAACCUCAAGCAAGAGCUGGCCAGCAUGGAGGAAAAGAUCGCCUACCAGUCGUAUGAGAGAGCCAGAGACAUACAGGAGGCGUUGGAGGUGUGUCAGACCAGGAUCUCUAAGAUGGAGCUCCAGCAGCAACAACAGCAGGUUGUCCAGUUGGAGGGGCUGGAAAAUGCCACAGCCCGCACCCUCCUGGGAAAACUUAUCAACGUGCUGCUGGCCCUUAUGGCUGUCCUUCUGGUCUUUGUCUCAACUGUCGCCAAUUGUGUGGUACCUCUGAUGAAGACACGCUCGCGCUCGCUCUCCACGCUCCUCUUCAUCCUCCUGCUGGCUUUCUUGUGGCGGAACUGGGAUGCCCUCUCGGGGUACACACACCGCGUUCUGCAGCCCCCGGGAUGACCAGAUUGAAACCAGCCCAUCUUGUUUUGUUGACACCACGCGAUGUAACUGUAGCUGCAGUCGGGCGGGACGUUUAAAAGAGCAUGACUGCCGUUAGGGUGGCUGUGUGACCGGGCGCUGAAAGUUCGGCUGGGCCCCUUCGGACACGGCAUGGAAGGAAAAAGAGGAAGAAGCAGAAUAAAAGUUGAGAACACUCAUGAUUGUGAUUUAGGAAGGACGAGACUGUUUACAUUUUUUGAAAAUGAACUGCUGCUUUCACAGAAUGCAACAUUGUACUGUUUGUAUCUUUUAGAGUUUAAUCAAUUCUAAUGUAUUAUUUCUAAUAAUAUUAUUUUUAUUUUCAAUGUUAUUUUAUUCAGUACCAUGUAGCAUUAUGCUCCUGUCACUCUACAUGAUGGGGAGUUUAGUCAGGAAAGUGGAUUGGCUAUUGGCGUGAAAGGCCCAGUCUAAUUGCAGGGACGUGCAAAUGUGAUAAUGUGGUGGAUUGCCUUUAGGAAGAGAACUCUUACCUAGCUGUGAUUGGUAGAUCUGAACCAUGGAUGAAAACCUUCCUGGGAGUUGCUCCUGUCUUGCUGUGAUGAAAUUUGUUCAGACGGAACAUUUUGAAGGACUGACCAUGACCUUUUGAGUGUCGUGAUGACUAGACUGUUUGUGCUUCCUUACAAUUUCUAAUAGAAAAGAUCACAUGCUUUUACUUAUUCCUUCUUUUUUUUUUUUUUUUAAGUAAAACAAGAACUGUGUUAAAUAGGGGAGAUUGACAGUGAAACCUAAAGACAUAGUGGGCCGGCUUUAGAGGGAAAAGCUACAACGGGCUGGUCACCAUAGAAGCAGCACAUAAACACACAGAGAACAUCUGGUUAUUGUUAAGCGUCUGGCAUAUUUGCAUAACAUGUAAGCAAUGCUGCAUGUUCUCAUUAGGAAAUAUUACAUAGGAACCAAUUUUGCUUUUAAAAGCAAUGACACAAGACUAUUGUCAAAGUAAAAUCAAUUUGCCAGGAUAAUUGCCUCCCCAGCCCCCCACCCUGCCAUAUUUGAUGUGAUCAGGUUUGGAAAAAAGAGACCACUGGUGCUUGUCCAGCUACUUCUCAGCUGUAACAGGAAUACUGCUGCUUCAUAUCUACAGUGCAAGUCGUCUCCACUGCCAUGCCAGUCAAAAUGCACACUGCCUGUAUGUGAUAGAGUAACUAUUCAUCAGACAUUCUCCCUUCAUAUUAUCUCUGUACCUGUUCUUCUUUUUCUAAAAGUACACUGUCUUAUGGUGUAAUCACCUAGUGCCAAAUCUUAGUCUACCCAGGGAUGCCUGUGCACCCAAAGGGUUCAAGUUGAGAAGGAGAAAAAAAGGGGAGGUUUCGCAGCAGGUCUUGGCUUCUUUUCAGAAAUGUCAUGAAUGCCUUGCCUGGAUGUCAAGGAUGUAUCUUUCUGGGAGACUUUUGCAAGGGAAAAACUUUAAGAGAAUUCACAAUCUGAACAUGAACUUGACUCCGGACCUUCAGUUGUGUUUCUUCACCUUGCUUCCAUGAGUACAGUUUUUUGGCUCCGCAUUUCUUAUACUCUCUCUCUCUCUCUCUCCUUCUCAUAUAGGACACAAACAGACGACCUCGCACAUUAAAUAGUUCACCCUGCAUUUCAAGCCAAGAAGCUGAUUUCCUAACAUAAGCAAGAUCGUUUGAACCGUACAGAUGCACUUUAGCACACUGCUUGAUAACACAUAGGUCAGGCUGAGACUUGAGAAAGUCUUGAUAGAGCCUUCAAAAAGUUGUCACUCUUAGGACAGUAGAGUUGACUCAGGUCAGGAUCAUUGUCCUCCAUGUCUUAAGAUAAAACACAGAGAGGAAUUCACUUCAUUUGUUGGUAAAACAUAGCUGAACUUGAUUCCUCUCAAUUUGACAAUGCGAUUAAAAUGGCAGGAAGUAAGAAUUGCAGUAUGUAGAUUUCUUGACCGGUUUCAGUUUUGCAAUGGCAGGCGGUGCUGACAAGUUGGGAGUGAGCUUGCCUUUGACCUUAGCUUGACCUUGCAGUGACACCUAUGCUGUAUGGCUGUGUGUGCUAAAAAACUCCAGUGCCUUCUGAUGUCCUUUUCUAAGUGUGGAAUAAAUAAAGUGCAUUCCUGACAUA